GCGCGGGGACAGCCACCCGCUUUCCACGCACCUGCACCUGCGCAGCCCUCCCAGCCGCUUUUUUGGAGGAUGGACUCCUGAAGAGCUCAGGGCUUCUCUUUCUGCAACCAGGUCCCUCAGGGAAGAUCGCUGUUCUCCGUGCAAACGCGGUACUUCCCUAAAGUGAGAUCCGUUGAAGUCCCCUCUGUCCUGUCCAGCCCGGAACGACAAGUCGGAACACCACAUUUCCUGAACUGACCUUGUUGGCAAUCACUUCCGCCCAGGCGUUUGGAACACCCGAGGCCCUUUGGCGGCGAACAACAGGCAAGGCACUUCCGGUGUAUGUUGCCUAGGCGCCGGCCUGCUGGGCCUGAAGGGACGACGUUGCUGGGUCGUCCCCUCCCCCCCCAUUUUUGGGGGCCGAGAUGUCGGGGCUCAGCUACCCAGAGAUGGAGGGCUGUCGUAACCUGCUCGGCCUACUAGACAACGAUGAUAUCAUGGCCCUGUGCGACACCAUCACCAACCGCCUGGUGCAGCCUGAGGACCGCCAAGAUGCCAUUCGUGCAAUAUUAGUGUACAGUCAAAGUGUAGAAGAGCUUUUGAGGCGUAAGAAAGUCCACCGGGAAGUCAUAUUUAAGUACUUGGCAACACAGGGGGUUAUUAUACCUCCGGCUACUGAAAAACACAAUCUUAUUCAGCAUGCAAAGGAUUACUGGAAAAGGCAGUUACAGCCAAAAUUGAAGGAAACACCAGAGCCAGUUAAGACAGAGGACAUGAGACUCUUUCAACAGCCGGAAAAAGAAGAUAAGAAAGCUGAAAAAGUUGAUUUUCGUCGAUUAGGAGAAGAAUUCUGUCACUGGUUCUUUGAACUUCUUAAUUCUCAGAAUCCUUUCCUGGGACCGCCUCAAGAUGAAUGGGGGCCACAGCACUUCUGGCACGAUGUCAAGCUUAGGUUUUAUUACAACACCUCUGAACAAAAUGUGAUAGACUACUGUGGAGCAGAAAUUGUAAGCCUUCGUCUGCUGUCACUAGUGAAAGAAGAGUAUCUUUUUCUCAGUCCCAAUCUAGAUGCCAGUGGACUGAAAUGUGCUUCUUCUCCCCAUGGUCUAGUUAUGGUUGGAGUUGCUGGGACUGUCCACCGAGGGAACACUUGUUUGGGCAUUUUUGAACAAAUUUUUGGACUCAUACGCUGCCCUUUUGUGGAAAAUACUUGGAAAAUCAAAUUUAUCAACCUGAGAAUUAUUGGAGAGGGUUCUCUUGCUCCUGGAACAUUAAUGAAACCAGCUAUUACAUUCGAACCUGGUGAUCUAGAGAGCUUUUAUAACGUAAUUACUUCAUGUGGUUCCAACGAAAUACAAGUUGAUGUAAGGCAGGCAUUGGAUAGUGGAACUGGAGACCAAGCUUUAUGCAGUGGAGAUGAGGCAUUGUUGAACAAAAGAGAACUGAGUUUACCCAACCCUCUAAAGCAUUGAGCACUGUAUGUCAGUCUAAAAAAUACAGAAACUCUUCCAAAUAUCACAUCAGUAAUGUUUAAGUGAUUUCAGAUGGGAGGAUUGACAUAUUUUAGUUGAAAUAUCUUUCUUGACUACAGACUAAUAUAUUAUGUGAAUACUUGACUCUUUCUACCUGAGUUGCAGCCAAUGUUCUGAAAGCUUAAUGCAGGUCAUCAAAUAAAUCCCACUUUAGAUGGUAUAACUAACGGUGUGCCUUAGAAACCAGGUAAUACUUUCAUUUUACUUAGUGAGUAUUCUAAUAUCUGUACUUUUCAUAUGAGAGAGAUUUAAUGUAAACUCAAAAGUUAUCAUUUUAGGAAACUUGAGUAACGUUCUCACGAAAAAGUCCAAUAAUUUAGCAGGUAGAUAAAAAAUUACUUUCCCUUUUUAAAAUUUGAGGAACAUUUUUCAAAAGUUACCUGUAGUAGUCCAAGCUGAUCAAAGCCUUCAGCUAACAGUUUUAUACAGCAUUUAUUGUGGUACUGUAUAGAGGAAACACUGUUGAAAUUUUUAAAGAGGUGUGCCCAGUUCCUUUACUGUUUUCCUCUUGCUUGAUCUUGGAAGAGGUGACAAAAACAUAAAACACAAAACACACAUACAUAAAUUUAUAAUGUGGGAUAUCUAUUAUAUACAUAUAUAUACUCCCACAUCAUAAAUUAAAAUUAUUAGGAUUUUUCACCCCCAAAUUGUUAAUACAAGGUUUGAAUUACAAGAUUAAGUUGCCAGAUUAAUUACUUACUUGCUUUAGGGCUUAAAUUCUUCAUCACCUGGCAACUGUUUGCUGAUCUUGGAUUUAGUUAGUAAUUUGAAUUUACAAAAUUUCCAUAUGGAAAAAAUUGAGCUGGGCAUUUUUGUGAUGAUGUGCUGUACAUGGUAAAUUUUUACCUUUAACUCUUCUGAUGAUCACCUAGGGUAAUAAGAAAUUUUGGAAGCAAGAGGAACAAACUCAUCUUUUUUUUUUUUUUUUUUUUUUUAAUGCCAUGCCUUUAUGAGGAGUACAAAUUGAUAUGUCUUAAAAUAAGAACUUAAUAAAGGAGGCAAAUCCCUGGUCUGCUCUAGGAAUAGUGUAUUGUUUAAAGACAGGUUAUGGUUUUCUCUUUUAAGUAUAGAGUAUCAUUAUAACAUGUACUCAAUAAAUUUCCUAAGUAAAGGAUAAAAUUAAAAAAUAUUCCCAUCUGUUUUCUUUGUGGCGUAAUGUCGAGUACUGCAGAAAUACUACUAUAGAUGCUCAGGAUGGGCCAAAGUUGCCUCUAGCUACCUUCAGUAUUUACUUUUUUGAAUUCGUGUAAUGCUCAAGUAAGGUUGCAGUCUCUGUAUGUUCUUUUUUUUUUUUUUUUCCCUGUAUGUUCUUUUAAUCAAUCUUGGAAAUUUGAAAUCUUCCUGACAGACUCUCUCACUUCAGGAUUGGAAUUAUGAUUUAUUUUCUGUGAAUCCCCACAGCUGGGCAACACAGUAUGACCUAAUGUUUAACUGAAUGGGUAAAGGAAUGAGCAAGCCAAGCUUACAUACUGUGUAGAAGACUUCUGCAUCUAGAUUUUGUCUUUGGUUCUUACCACUGGUGGUGUUUUGAUCAUUUCAUCUGUUUGAAUUUCAUAUAUGGAUACACUGAAACUUUGAGGAUCCAAGCUAACUCAGAUUUGGGGGAAAUUUAAACCUUUUAAAAUUUACUCAAUUUAAAAGCCCAGGGGUCAGAAUGGGAUAAACUGAAAGGCCCUAACCAUUAUAGGUGAAGUGUAUACUCUUCUGUUCAGAGAAAGAAGACCUGGAGAUUCUUGAAAUUUAUUCUUGAAGUUUAAAGUUUGGUCAGGUCUUGGAGAAAGUCCCAAAGCACAGUGCAGAUUGAACUCUACUUUUGCUACCAUCCAUUUGUUUUGUUUAUGUUAGGGAAUGGCAGAGACCCCAGCUUUUGGUCUUUUUUGCUUCAUUUUACCCUCAGCUGGAGUGUGAAAGUUGUUGGAGUGAAGUAGUAAAGAAUACAACACUCUACACACAUUUCAUAGUAAUUGAAUAGUCAAGCCAGGGGGGCCGCUGGGCUUUAUUUACUGUAGACUGAUUUGCCAUAGCCUAACAAUAGGGCAUACGUCAAGUACCUGUUCUUGUUAAUAUAGCUUAAAGUAAUUUACAUUGGGAUUUUUUAUUAGUAUCUAGAAUGCCAAAAAAAAAAAAAAAUUACAUGAGUCUUAUUAACUAAAAUACCAAAUAAUAGAAGCCAUCUCUAUUUUAUGAAAUUAACUUGCAAAUGGCCAACAUAAGAAAUGUUCCUAUAUUUUCGGAAAGGUAGUAUUCUUAUGCUAAAGAAAGGCCAGUUACCCAGUGCCUGUAAGAAAUUGUAAUAGCACCAGAAAAAGAUUUAAAGAAUAGUGGAUUGAGGGCGCCUGCGUGGCUCAGUUAAGCAUCUGACUUUGGCUUAGGUCAUGAUAUCACAAUUCAUAGGUUUGAGCCCCACAUAGGGCUCUGUGCCUGCUCUGUGCCUCAGAGCCUGCUUCAGAUUCUGUGUCUCCCUCUUUCUCUGCCCCUCUCUGCUUGCUCUUGCUCUCUCUCUCUCUCAAAGAAACAUUUAAAAGUUUUUAAAGAAAUGGUUUAAUUAAAAACAUAAUCAGCAAUAUUGUGUUUUAACAAAACGGCUCUUAUGGCUAGAUGAAAGUGAAUGAAAACUAUACUUUAACGUUUUUAUUAGCAUCUGUAUUCACAAAUUUAGGUGCCAUUUUCUUCACUAGUUCUUAAUUUGGGCUGCGGCUAGUGGCCACCAAGUUUUGAAAAAUGAGAACUGUAUGUUCUUUCUCCCCAGAAAAAGAUUUGUUUGCAUAUAUAUCACAAUUUUUGCAUUAUUUCAGUGAGUUUUUGGGUUUCCCCAAAGCACAUCUGUGAAUCCUAUAGGGAUCCUUAUAACUUCAAGUUGAAAUCCUGCUAAUAAUAGUUGUAUUCUCUCAGGUUAUUCUUGGAUACUAAAAUUAUUUUUAGAAAAUUUUGUGCCCUUUGCCAGAGUCCCUAAGCUGGAGGACUAAAUCUUCUUUUUGAAUGAAAGGAUAAUUUGUAGAUUUUGUUUUUCAAAAAAUGUCAGAUAUUAAGACAAAACCCACUGAAUUACUGUCAAUUGAAACAAAAAUAUUCAGAAUUCGUUUUAUUUUGGCAAGAUAAAUUUAAUGAACAUCAGAGAAAUUGUGAGAGAAAAAUGUGAAAAGUAUUAAAAAAAUUCUCUAGAUCUUUACAAAAAGUUGUCCUAAGAUGUUUAUUUAGUAAUGAUUGUAUACUGCCAAUUUUGAUGAAGGAUUUCAAAAAUAGGAUCAUUUCUUCCAAAGGGCUUGUAUAUGUGGUCUCACCUUACACCAUUCCCUCUCGCCUCCCCUCACCCCACCCUAUUUAUAAUCUUCGUAUAUACUCACUUUGAAUGCAGAUAGCACAACUGCAAGUGCUGGAAAAUAAGACUUUCUGCAUUUGGGUUCUCUUCAAGUUUAUUUGGCAUAUAUUUAUGGAGCAUCUACAAUUUAUAAAUCCCUGAAUCAAGCAGAAGAUAAAAUAAUAGAUUACUUAUUUAAACUUUGCACGUUAAAUUUCAGUUUCUUUGUUUAAAUAUCGUUUCUUUCCCCAUUUUUUAAGUUUAUUUAUUUUGAGAGAGACAGAGUGUGUGAACAGGGGAGGGGCAGAGAGAGAGGGAGAGAAUCCCAAGCAGGCUCUGUGCUGCCAGUGCAGAGCCUGACAUGGGGCUCAAAUUCACAAAUGGUGAGAUCAUGACCUAAACUGAAACCGAGAGUUGGACGCUUAACCCAUUGAGCCACCCAUGCGCCCCUCUGGGUUUAAAUAUCUUAAUGUGAGAACUACUUGAGGCCCUUUUCAGAAGGGUGUGGUUAUAUCCUUUUGUAUGGUUCAGGAAAAAACACUUAGCUUAAAUUUUAGCUCUGUGGCCCUAGCUAUAUCAUAUUGAUUAUAUCAACACAGAAUAUAGGAUAUUUUGACAGACCACUUAGGGUUGGAAGAAAAAUAUUUAAAAUGCACUGAAUCUUUUUAGCUUUAUUUUUUUCUAGUUUGAACCUUUCCAGUAGUCCUUUAGUAAAACAAUAUUAAAAUGGAGUAUUAGGGGCACCUGGGUGGCUCAGUCUGUUGAGUGUCCAACUCUUGAUCUCAGCUCACAUCAUCAUCUCACAGUUCAUGAAAUCAAGCCCCGUGUCAGGCUCUCUGCUGAUGGCGUGGAGCUUGUUUGGGAUUCUCUCUCUCCCUCUCUGCCCCUAUCCCACUCGCUUUCGAAAGUAAAGUUAAUCAAAUGAAGUAUUAUAUUUACUGUGAGUUACAAUGUACCCCCAAACACUAAACCAUAAACUCCAGAGUCAUGUUAGUCAUGAAAUGAUCUAUUUCAGCUGCUGCUGUAGAGUUUCUUUACAUAGAUAUUGACUUAAUUUAUUUCUUUGCUUUAAUAUUUUUUACAUAUUUAUAACAUUAAAAUUUCCUUAAAGUGCAGCUUCUGUCCUCUCUUCCAUGCUCAGAUUUUCAGUAGUGUUGCAUUACCUCCAAAAUAAAGUCCAGAUUUUAUAAUUUGGUUCUUAUCACCAUCUACGUUUGGUUUCACUCAUUUUUCAUGGAUUGUUUGGUCCAGCCAACAGAUGCUAUUAAGUAGUCUUAGUAUUUGUCCUGUAUUUACUUAGCCCUUUGCUUUUAUUGGCAAGUAGACAGUACUUACAAUAGUUUGAUGUAGGAUUUUUCAACUGCAUGAAGGCAUGAAAUUAAAAUGUAUUCAGUAAAAAUGAAACUUUUUUUUUUAAGUUUUAUUUAAUCUCUUCAUCCCAUGUGGGGCUUGAACUCACAACCCAAAGAUCAAGAGUCGCAUGCUCCUUUGAUUGAGCCAGCCAAGCACCCCAGUAGAAACCGUACUUUGAAGUUUGAAUUUUGUUCUUCUCACAGGCUGGAGAUAUGGGGGACAAUAGGUGCUGGGUGGCAGCAGGGAACUGCACCUCCAGUUAGCCAUGCAAUCACAAGGGUAAGCAACCAAUAUACUUCAAAUCAUUCUGUAUCCAUAUGGUCAUUGUUUUUUAUGUUCAUAGAGUAUCCAAUUAAUUACAUGAGAUAUUCAACACCUUAUAAAAUAGGCUUUGUGUUAGAUGAUUUUGCCCUACUGUAGGCUAAUAUAAGCAUUCUGAGCCCAUUUAAGUUAGGCUAGGCAAAGAUAAGAUGUUUAGUAGUUCCUAACCUAUUAAAUACAUUUGAACUUAAUGGUAUAUUCAACUUAUAGUAUGUUUCUUGGGCCAUAACCUCAUCGUAAGUCGAGGUAGGUCUGUAUACAAAAUACUUGGGAGUUUAAUUUUUUUGUUGUUGCAGUCUGAUAAUAUAGAAUUACAAGGGCUAUGAUUGGAAUAAUUUAAAAACUGGAAAUUUCUUAAGCAUUUUUUCUCUUUAGGUGUUUUGUAUAUAUUAUCUAGAAUAAUUUUUCUCUAGCUUUUUGCAUGAUUGCUUAAUUAUUAUCUUUGAGGAUUUGUCUUAAAUGUUUUCUUCUAAGUGGGCCCUAUUGUUAAUAUUUAUCAGAGCACCUUGUUUAUUUCAGUCUUAGCACUUUAAAUAUUAAUUUACUAACUUGUUAAUCUCCCCAGCUGGGUUUUAAACUGAGAGCAGGGACUGUAGCUGUUUGACUUUAAUUUUAUUUCCAUUGCUUUGCACAGAGAUGGGGUAUUCAGUUGAUAUUUAUUAAAGAUAUAAAGGAAAAAGUGAUACUUUCUCAGAGCCUCAUGUAUUCCUGGUCCUUUGCCUGUCUGCUAACGACAAUGCCUAAUAUAUGUAUUAGGUGCUCAGUAAAUAUUUGUUUACUAGGUUAUCUUUCUGAAUAAUGAUAUGUGAACUCUAAUACAAUCAAUAAUACUCUGUUAGAUAGGAUUAUUAAAGUUCUAUGUGCUUUUGUAAAAGAUGAAACGGAGGCCCCAACAGUUAAGUAAUGUCCAUAGUUCUGUUGUGGGUUCCCCACCCCCCCCCCCCCCGGCGUGUGUGUGUGUGUAUAAUUUUUAAACUACAAAGUCUGUGCUUUUUCUUGCACUUUAUUUCUAGUCUGACUAUUGCUACUACCUUAUUUUGAAAGAAUUUAAACUCUAAAUCUCAAUUUCUUCACAUGUAAAAAUGAACAGUUAGAUUAGAUGUGUCUAAACUGCUAUUUUGAAGUUACAUGGUUUUGUGAAUGUAUGCCUUCCUAGCAACUAAAUAAUAUUACUUUUAAAGGAAUUUGUAGUUCAUUGAAGUUGGAGAAAUUCUUUAUUUUUCUUGCUCAUAAAUCUUACUGAGAAAACACUUUCUAUUUUUUCCUAACAAAUACACAUUUAUAAGUAUAUGUGUAUUGUGGGUGUAUUUCUAUUUACAGAGGGGAAAAACAAAAGGAUGAAAAUAUUACACAUUAUGUCUAGAAUAGAAAAGGAAAAAAGUAUGAAGCCUUUAAAAUAGUUUCCUAUUUUCUAAUCACUAGAAAUGCUGAGGUUGUUUGAACUACUGUUGUGUGAAUCUUUUUUGCUGUUACAUAUGUUCAAAAUAUAUUUCCAUGUUUUAGUUGAAAAGUGCAAAGUGGUUGACAGAAGACCAAAUUAUAGACUCCCAAUAACCUCUACUAGCAACAUGGAUGUUGAUAAAAUAAUCAAAUACUAUAUAGAUGAUUUCUUCAAAGAGACUGAGUAAUAGGAAUUGGCAAACAUGUAAGAGUGACAUUGGAGAGGAAUGGCAGAUUUGGGAUAGGAUUUUUCUGUAGGAAGCAUGGCCCUGGAGGGGUGCUGCUCAGAAUGUUAUUAAAAGUUAUUCUAGGAAGUUUAAUGGAAAAUAUUGUUGAGCAAAGACAGGAGGUUUUACUGUAUGGACUGUGCUGAUUGGAGUAGUUAGUAUGGGGUUACAAUAGAAUGAGCUUAGAGUACAGAAACAAGAUAGCAAUAGAAAAGGUAAGCAUGUCAGGAACUUUAAUUCUGGAACUCGUAGUAGAACAAUCAUAAAAUUGAACUCAUAGGAACUAAGAGAAUUGCAGAGUAAGUCAUAAUUUGAAUUCUACAAGCAGCCUUCAGCUAGAGCAAGAGUUUAAGACUGAGAAAAAAGUCGAUUUUAAAUAAUGUAUCAGUGGUUUUUUUUUUUUUUUUUCUCUUAAACAGUCUUCUUUCAAUUUGGUAAACCAUUUAUCAAGCACUUACUAUGUACCAGGUAUCUUAACAGAAGACACUUGGUACUUAAGUAUUUGUUCUAGUUUCUUACACUUUUAUUACUUUGUUUAACUCACAUUGAGUAACGUUUAGUAUUUAAUAAAAGAAUUUAUUUUACUGAAAA